CGCGCUCCUCCGUGAGCGGAAGGCGGUCCGUUCACAUAUACUGCUCGACUGCACACUCAUCAAACAUCUGACCUUAUGAGAUCUCCGGACGGCAUAGUUCUCUGAUUCGAACAGCUCAGUUAUAUAAAUUAAUAUAUGAUUGUAAGUCCAUUCAGGAUGCCUGGAUCACUCCCUACUGUUUGUGAGGCCGCAUGGCCAAAAGAUGUGGGAAUCAUCGCCAUGGAGGUGUACGUGCCCUCUCAGUACGUGGACCAAACAGAGCUGGAAGAGUACGACGGAGUCGGAGCCGGAAAAUACACCGUCGGGCUGGGCCAGGCGCGCAUGGGCUUCUGCUCGGAUCGGGAGGACAUCAACUCUCUGUGCCUGACGGUGGUGCAGCGGUUGAUGGAACGGAACGGCCUGUCGUAUGAGAGCGUGGGGCGGCUGGAGGUGGGCACGGAAACCAUCAUCGAUAAGUCCAAAUCCACCAAGACCGUCCUGAUGCAGCUCUUCGAAGAGUCGGGCAACACUGAUGUGGAGGGAGUGGACACGACUAACGCCUGCUAUGGAGGAACCGCCGCUCUCUUCAAUGCCGUCAACUGGGUGGAGUCCAGCUCCUGGGACGGUCGUUAUGCUCUGGUUGUUGCGGGUGACAUUGCCGUUUAUGCCACGGGCAGCGCCAGGCCAACAGGGGGAGCCGGAGCCGUGGCCAUGCUAGUUGGACCCAACGCCCCUCUGGCCUUCGAGAGAGGGCUUCGUGGGACACAUAUGCAACAUGCAUAUGAUUUUUACAAGCCAGACAUGGUGUCUGAGUAUCCAGUGGUGGACGGCAAGCUUUCCAUUCAGUGUUACCUCAGUGCUUUAGAUCGCUGCUACUCCGUCUACAGGAACAAGAUCCAUGCCCAGUGGCAGAGAGAGGGUCUUGACAAACGUUGCAGUCUUGAAGACUUCGGCUUCAUGGUGUUCCACUCUCCUUACUGUAAACUGGUCCAGAAGUCUCUGGCUCGACUAAUGCUCAACGAUUUCCUCUGUCAUCCCAGUCCCAACACAGAGAGCGGACCCUUCAGCGGACUGGAUUCUUUCAGAGAUGUAAAGAUUGAGGAGACGUAUUUCGACAGAGAUGUGGAGAAGGCCUUUAUGAAGGCCAGUUCAGAACUGUUUGAUAAUAAGACAAAGGCGUCUCUGCUUAUAUCAAACCAGAAUGGGAACAUGUACACACCAUCAGUGUACGGCUGCUUGGCUUCAGUUCUCGCACAACAUACACCGCAGCAACUGGCAGGACAGAGAAUCGGUGUGUUUUCAUAUGGCUCAGGCUUUGCUGCUACGCUCUACUCCAUCAAAGUCACACAAGAUGCUACACCUGGAUCUGCUCUGGAUAAGAUGGUCUCCAGCCUGUGUGACUUGCAGGCCAGACUGGACUCUAGAAAGAAGGUUUCACCAGAUGUUUUUGCUCAGAACAUGAAGCUCAGAGAAGAAACCCAUCAUUUAGCAAACUACAUCCCUCAAGGCUCAGUAGACGAACUCUUCCCAGGAACAUGGUACCUCACUCGCGUGGACGAAAAGCAUCGCAGGCAGUACGCCAGGCGCUCGAUGAACGAUGACAGACCGCUGGAGGCCGGACUGGUCAGUUCCAGCAUUGCAGCUGAGCAUAUUCCCAGCCCGCUCAAGAAGAUGCCCCGCAUCCCAACUACCACAGCUGGCCCUGAGGUGGUCAUUAGCAACGGGGAGCAUUAAGUUCACCUCUAUGAGGUUGCACACAAUGGCAGAUCACAUUGAGGACACUGAUCUGUAAAAACAACACGCUAAAAAAGGGCCCCAGGACUCCUGCAGUGAUCACUUAUCAAUGAGUGAUAGGAAACUCAAAGCUUUUUAAUGUUCCAGGACAGACUCAGUUCGACCAUCACUGUGUUGAAGAUGGCAGACGGUAGUUUGGAAAUGAAGUGUUUCUCUGUGGUGAACUCCCGCAAACUGCUGCUCACAGUCGUCUAUGCAGAUAUCCCGAAUUGUUUAAUCCUUUUAAGUUCAAAAAUCUACCUGUCGGCAUUUCACGAGCUCCAUGUUGUCUUUUUGUAAACAUUAAACUAACCCUGUCAUUUAAAACAGACGUUUAGGACAUUCGAGAGCAUCAAAACGUGGAUGUCUUAAAGAAGAGCAUCUCUCGUUGUUUUUAAAUGGAUCUAAACGCUGUAUCCGCUCUGUCCUUUCUUUUAUAAAACUCCUUUCUAGUCAGUCUUUUCACCAUGGCCAUGUCAGGGAAAUGUGCCUGGAUCACAUAUUAAUGAGCCAUAAACUUUACAAGUUUUAAUUACAUCAAGCUGUAUAUUAAUAAUUGUUUAGUCGCUGCUAAACGGGCUUGUGUUAGCAUUUGUGUCCUUUCAAACGAGAAUCAUUUAUUUGAUUUUCAUUCUAGCCAAAGUAGAUGGUGUUCAUUUAUAUGAACUCAGAAAGGAAUUAAAGUCAUGAUUGUAUAGAGGAUAAAAACGUGACGAUAACUUUGUGGCAAUGUGUUAAAAGCGAUAAAACACAGUAAUAAUGAGUUACAUUGGUAACAUCUUUUGGACAGUUUUAGGGAUUGAAGUGAAAGAGCACGAUCUGAUCAUCAUGUCAGCUGUCCACCCAAAAAUUAAAACUUGUCAUCAUUUACUCAGCAUUGUACAAAAAAAGUACAAAAGUGUACUGGUACCCAAAGGGUACAUAUUAAUAGCUAAAAGGUACAAAAAGUACCUUUUUUGAGAAGGUGUCACCUCUGUGACAGCUUUUGUACCUUUUUUUUCCCCUAUAAGUCAGUCCGUAUAGGACUGACUUUUUUUUCUGUGCAACAUAAAAGAAGAUAUUUUGAAGAUUGUUAUUAACUAAGUCUGGGUUUCUGUUGACUUUCAGUGUAUGGACAAAAAAAAAAUAACAGUAAAUGGGAACUGAAACUGUUUGGUUAACAGUGUUCUUAUAAUAUCUUUAAUGUUGCACAGAAGAAAGUCAGUUGUGCAGGAUCAGCAUGAGACUGAGUAAAUGAUGACAGAAUUGUCAUUUUUGGCUGAACUGUGCCUUUAACUCAGUCUAUAUCAAUGAAUUGUAGAUCACAACUAACUCUUCUUUCUGUGGAGAAACUGCAAUCUGAAGUGGUUUAAUAUUAAUGUGAGCUUAUAUGAUCAAAUGUUUGUGAUUGUUGCAAACUACAGAGCACUUCUCAGUAACUAUUCAGAGAUUUAUUGAUUUCAGAUUUAUGGUAGGAGAGAAGCAAUAUUAUUAAUACUACGGUAUUUUAAAUGUUAGCACUAUAACACUUUGAUGUUAAAUGGUUUAUGGCAAAUAUACUAGGCUAAAAGCAAAAAAAGAGUUGUUGUUUUUUUCAGAAAGAGAUUAUGCUUGAUUGCAUAAACACUGAUAGCAAGAUGGUAUUUCCUUUCCGAGCAUUCUCUGAUCCGCGGGUCCAUGUUGACAUCUGAAUAAAAAGAGCACUUCCGCUCCGACUGCAUAUCCAUCAACUCUGAGAAGCCUUAUUCUAAGCAUGUACAGAACACGACAAAAUAUAUUCUGAAAAGUGUAUAGAGAUAUUUUUCUUUUUCAUUCUGCUGCCAGGACAUGUUGACUGUAAAGUUAUAACUUGAAUCAGCCAAUGUUUACAAGAAGUUUCCCCUGAAAUCAGUUCAUACCAGUAAUUGGUAAGUAAUGUACAGCACUAACUUAUAUUUGCAGAUGGACACAAAUUGGCAACUGAACAGGUGUGACUUGCAGAAAACAAGCUGUAUAGACCAUGUGUACAUGUGGAAUCUGAUAAUAUAUGAACUGAGGAUUAAAUGUUCAUUUGCUGAA